AUGUUUUCGGUAGUGCUUCCAGGUCGUCUACCGUUGACAAACGCGCAGCAGGUGGACGAAACGCAUUGCGUGUUCGCACUCGAUAACGUCUCGACAAUCUCGCACGUGGUGGUGUUCAUGACUGGGGUCCAAGCUUUUCCCGCCGGAUACUCUGCUACUGUGCACCUGCUGUGGCCUUGUGCCGCGCCGACAAGUGAGACGAAUCCUACUUCAACCGCGGGCGCGUGGAAGCUGCUCGGGGCGGUGCGCAACACGAAACCGAGCGCGAUAUUCAAAGUGACACGUCCCGCCUCGCUUGCCACUACAGACGCUACAGCGACAUUGGGGAUCAGCAUCGAGCCCGACGCGCUCGUCGACGAACAACUGGCUACGCUUCACCCCACUCGAGCUACCACAUUCGCUCUCACACAACCAACAUCAACUUGCUCCGCCCUCGAGGCUACAGCACUAAGUAUCGCCCCCAAGAUCGCACACAACGCUUUCGCUUACCUUAGCUCAUUCGCCCCCGAUUCAGCUCCACAGACGGUACCACUCCUCCAAAAGUGGUUGGAACAGUUGGAACGCAAACUUCGCGCUCAGGGUCUUGGCUUUCUCGACAAGCAAGAGUAA